AGGUUAUAAUAAAUGUACUUUUGUAUUUUAAAUAAUUCAUUAAUGUUGCUGUUGAAUAGAAUAGAUCAGUUAUAUUUGUGAAUUUGUUUUAGUUACGAGUUCCAAACUAUUUUGAAAACUUAGUUUUGUUUAAUUCUUCAGUUAAUUGACAUUAACAGUUGAAGUUUUGGUUAUAUUUUAAAAAUCUCCAUGCGAAAAACUAGAACUUUAUUCCAAAAUGAGUAGUUCUUCUGAUCAAAGCAAUGAGGAAAAGCCUGUAAAAAAUGAAUGGAUGAUACGGCCGUGUCACUUGUAUGAAGAUGAGUAUGACGACUGCACAAGUAUCCGAGCACGGUUUCAACAGUAUUUCGUGCUUGGACAGUGGGAGGAUUGCACCCCCUGGAAGCACGAUUACUACAACUGUGAAAAGUGGAAGAAUAACAAGGAUAAAGCUGCCGCAGAGGAGAUAAUUGCCAAUGAAGAGGCACGCAGGGUUAAAAGGUUGAGUGCCCAUUACAACAAUCCUGUGUGGGAAAACAGACCGGAGCCUCCUCCAGACUGGAAUGCUCCUCUACCUCCCUUCCUGGAGGAGAAACUGAAAAACACCUAUCUGGACAUUAAGGCCAGGGAACUGCGGGAGGGCAAGGUUCUCACAGCCGACAGGAUGUGUACUAUCUUGUGAUCUUGGCAAGAUGCGACUUGUCUAGUGUCUUCAUUACGAAGAAUAGUGUGAUGCAUGCGUUGUAAAUACUCAGAUGUGUCACUGACAAUGUUGGAAAUGUGGCAGGUCAAGUGUACACUAGGCCUUCAGCUGUUGAGCAGCACCUUGCAAGGAAAAAAGUGGUUCAAAUAUGUGUAAAUGUAUCACCACUGCCACACAGUAUCAAGUGUCAUAUGGUUUGUCAAUUUACUUUAAUACUGUUUCUAUGUAAAAUACGAGAAAUUUUGUUUAAGUACCAUUUUGGUAUAUAUAUAUAUAUAU